AUGGGGCUCCUCAGGAUUAUGAUGCCGCCCAAGUUGCAGCUGCUGGCAGUGGUGGCCUUCGCGGUGGCGAUGCUCUUCUUGGAGAACCAAAUCCAGAAACUGGAGGAGUCCCGGUCGAAGCUAGAAAGGGCUAUUGCAAGACAUGAAGUCCGAGAAAUUGAGCAACGACAUACAAUGGAUGGCCCUCGGCAAGACGCAGUUUUAGAUGAUGAAGAGGACAUGGUGAUCAUUUAUAACAGAGUCCCCAAAACUGCGAGCACCUCUUUUACCAAUAUUGCCUAUGACCUGUGUGCAAAGAAUAAAUACCAUGUUCUUCACAUUAAUACUACCAAAAAUAAUCCGGUGAUGUCACUGCAAGAUCAGGUACGCUUUGUAAAGAAUAUAACUUACUGGAAAGAGAUGAAACCAGGGUUUUAUCAUGGACACGUUUCUUACUUGGAUUUUGCAAAAUUUGGUGUGAAGAAGAAACCAAUUUACAUUAAUGUUAUAAGGGAUCCUAUUGAGCGGCUAGUUUCCUACUAUUAUUUUCUGAGAUUUGGAGAUGAUUAUAGACCAGGGUUAAGAAGACGAAAACAAGGAGACAAGAAGACCUUUGAUGAAUGUGUAGCUGAGGGCGGUUCAGACUGUGCUCCAGAGAAACUCUGGCUUCAAAUCCCAUUCUUCUGCGGCCACAGCUCAGAGUGCUGGAAUGUGGGAAGCAGGUGGGCUAUGGAUCAGGCCAAGUACAACCUAAUUAAUGAAUACUUUCUGGUGGGAGUUACUGAAGAGCUUGAAGAUUUCAUCAUGUUAUUGGAGGCAGCUUUGCCCCGGUUCUUCAGGGGUGCUACAGAACUCUAUCGCACAGUAGGAAAGAAAUCUCAUCUUAGGAAAACCACAGAGAAGAAACUCCCCACUAAACAAACCAUUGCAAAACUACAGCAAUCUGACAUUUGGAAAAUGGAGAAUGAGUUCUAUGAAUUUGCACUAGAGCAGUUCCAAUUCAUCAGAGCCCAUGCUGUACGAGAAAAAGAUGGAGACCUCUACAUCCUCGCACAAAACUUUUUCUAUGAAAAGAUUUACCCGAAAUCGAACUGAGUACAAGGUGUGACUAUUAGAUUCUUGAACUAAACCUUUGGCCCUCUCUACACCUAAGUUCUUAGCUCUGCACCUUGGAUCACUGAUAGGUGUAUAAGACAAUUUGUAUUGAGCCAGGUAAGGAAAUUGACAAUAAUGUCAAGGAGGUAGAUACUGGCUGUGUCAGAAAUCUAAAAAGUUUUAAGUUACAGCCUUUUUUUUUUAAUCUAGUUAAAUUUUGGUGGGAGUUACAACCUCCUGCCUGGAACCUAGAUAUCACCUAAAAUAAACACAUAGGAGGUCCAAUCAAAGGCUAAAUACAAUUUCAGAAAAAGUUACACUGUUUUUGAUAAAGCAUUUUUCAGCUAACCAUGAAUGAAGAUGAAUCCACUUAUACUACUUCUACCUUUACCUGGAAGUUUAGGUUAUAUACCUUUACUGAAUAGUGUUAUUACCUGUUGGGUGGUGUGUGUUUUGUUUUUUUUUUUCGGAUCACAUCUCAUGAAAUUUAUUGGAAUGUUUGAUCAUGUUUGCUAAGAGUGUUUCUCCUGUAGUUGGAAUUGCACAUCUUUAUGUAAGUCAUUUUAAUAUUCUUUAAAAAAAAUCAUUAGUGUUAAAAACCAAAUUUAAACCAUUACUAAUACUGUAAAAAGAAUCAAAGCAGUAUUUCUCAUUCCCGUCUCCCCAAUAUCUAAGAUUGGGGAGAUACUUCAAAGAAUGUUGACAUUGCCUAAAUUAUUAAUUAAAGCUUCCACACAUUAAUAUCAAAAAAAUAAGUUUAAUAUUUGUUUCUCCCUGUGUUAUUUGUAAAGCUGUACACUGAGAUAUCAUUGACUCCAUAUUACACCUGUGGUAAUAUGGAGUGAGCUGUGGUAUGGGUAGGAUUUUCCUACUUCUUCUGUACUUUUACUUGUAGACUAUUUUUACUAAGGUGCUUUAUAAUGUGUUUUAAAGCAUUGCAUUUACAAAAAAAGAAAAAGAAAAUGCUGUAAAUAUUGCAUAUUUUAUGUAUUUGGACCAAAAGGUUGUAAGCAAUUAGAAAAAAGUGGUUUUGCACCAAUUUUAUUAUGUCAAGUAAAACCAUCAGAUCUACUGGUCUUGUAUUUCUUGUUUAACUUUACUGUUAAAACAUCACUGAAGUGAACUUCAGUAACCUUUCAAUUUUGAUAUACAGUACACUUUUCAUAACUGGGGGCAGUAAUUAUAAUGGAAAGAGUACUGGACAAGGAGUCAGAAAACUUGAUUUCUGGUCCUGGCUCUGCCACUUAUCAGCUGUGUGACCUUGGGCAAGUCAUUUACCCUCUCUUUGCCUCAAUUUCCUCAUCUUGAAAUGGGGAUACUAUACCUGCUGUACCUACCUCACAGGGAUGUUGUGAGGAUUAAAUGAGAUGGCAUGUGAAAGCACUUUGAAAACACUAUAUAAAUGUAAGGUAUUAUGGAAACAUCUUUAAAUAUAGUUUCAUACCAUUAAUUUUUUAACAAAGAAAGGGAGAAGUCCACUUAUAAACCAGUUGAAAAAAGUUAAUAUUGAUUGAUAUAAAUUUGUUUUAUAAAUGUCUUCUCGGUGUUUUAUCCUCCCUGUUUCAACAGCGAUUCAAAUAUGAAGCACCUGUGAACUCUUAAAGAUUCAUGAGCAGCUGCUUGAGUUCAGGAGGUUCCCUGUUUGAAAAAGACUUCAUUACUGACUCAGGGCAGGGCAAAAUGUGCUCUUGAAAUUGGGAAGAUUUUUCUGUUUUGAUUUUACAUUACCAUUCAGAAAUGGUAGCUAUUUUAUAUCUGUUUUUUUAGGUAUAUUUUGCAGAGUUUAAUUUCCUUGUGCAUUCCUUACCUUCCUCCCCUUGGAGUAACAGAGAAUUUUAGAAACAUUUUCUAAAAGACUAAUCUUUAAUAUGUUUAAAUAAAUAUUCCUGAACAAGGCCUCACCAAACUAUGUAAGCAUUGUAGGCAGGUUGCUUUAAAGGUUAUUAAUUGUUUGGGAGGUGAGGAGGGAGCACUACUGUCUUGCCUGAGGGUUUCAGCCCUGGGCAAGUUCACUGUGGAUUCAGUGAGACUGAGGAAUGACAAUGGAACGUUCUUGGGAUAAAUGGAUUUUAUACCAGGCUUUAUUCUACCUGCCAUGUGUGGAGCACUAGAAUUACAUGUGUAAUCCUCCUUCUUCCCUGCCUCCGCCCAGAGCACUGGACAGAGCUCUUUAUAUAGUGACUCAGUCAGUAACAGUUUAUUGCCUACGGGUGUGGAAGCAGUAGACUAUCAACAGGCCGGUUACAUCAUUAAGUAAUUUAGGGUGAGGUGAGGAUCCUGGCCAGAGGAACUUCCAUUUCCCCAUAGCUACUUAUCAAAAAACAUUUAAAAAUACAUUUAAAGCUCCAGAAAGUUGACAGAAAAUCAUUUUAGACCCUUUCUCCCCUAUAAUAGGAAAAAUCUGAGAACAUUGAUAGCCAUACCUUUCCUACUGGGCUUUUUUUUGUGUGUGUGUGUAUUUAUUAGCUUUUACAUGUAUUUGUUGAAAAUAUACACAAAUUAUUUCCUUGCCCAAAAGUAAAGCACCACUUCAUGGUGAAGCAUUUGAUGUUUAUCUGCUGAGGAACCCCAGUAUGCAGGUUAUUCUUGGAGUAUGUGCUAAAAUCUUGAGGUGCAUUAACUCAUUCAGGUAACUAGAGUAAUACAUGCACUAGAUAGGGGUCAGAAAGCUUUUUCUAAAAAGAUCCAGAGUAAAUAUUUUAAGCUUUGCAGACCAUAGUGUUUCUGUCACAACUACUCAACCCUGCUGUUUUAGCCCAAAAGGAACAUAGACAGUACAUAAAUGAGUGAACACGGCUGUGUUCCAAUUAAACUUUAUUAUACAAAACAGGUGGCAUGCCAGAUAUGGACCAUGGGUUGUAGUUUACCAAUCCCUAUAAUAGAUCAUUAUGGAGAAAUCAUUUUUGAAUCUGUAUUCUAGUGGCCUAGAAGAGUUUAUAUACUUCCAAAAGCUCCUAACUUAUAUCCAAAGAAUAACUUUCUAAUUCAGGAGGUCUCCCCCACAGAGUCAUACACUUUUAUGACUUAGAUUGUUUCCAGGUGGGCAUGUUUUCUUUCCCAGUUUAACAGUUCAGAAUAGGGUCAUUUAUUCUAUUUUAGGGUGGGUUAGUAGUCUCCUUCCAGGAGACUGAGAGUGGGUUAGAUUUAAUUCCAUCUUGUUUAAUACAGUCCUAGGAAUCUGACAAGCACAGAGUCCUUGUAAUACCUAACUUUAUAAUCAAAUAAAUGGAACCACUGAGACAAUAGUGUAUUUUUUUAAAGUGGCAAAUGUGGUUUUCUUUUUUUAGCCUUUGUGCUUUUUCAG